AUGGAUGUGGAAAAUGAUAUUGCACCUGAAAAUGUUGAACUCCGGAGGACUCCUCAGAGGAAGGCGAAGACUCGUAAUAUCCUAGAGUGCGACAUGUCGUCAGAUACAGCUGUGCAUGAACUCCUGGAAUGCCCCGUCUGUAUGAAUGUUAUGUACCCGCCUAUUCACCAGUGCCCAAAUGGCCACACCUUAUGCUCCAAGUGCCAGUCAAAGGUACGCUGCUGCCCGGUUUGCCGCCGCCAGCUAGGGAACAUAAGGUGCUUGGCCCUCGAGAGGGUUGCCGAGUCGCUCGAGCUUUCGUGCAAGUACCAAAGCCUCGGCUGUCGAGACAUAUUCCCCUAUCUUGACCGGCCGGGGCACGAGCUGAAUUGUCGUUUUCGUCCUUACAACUGCCCGUAUGCUGGGUCUGAAUGUCAUGUGAAUGGGGACAUCCCGUUUCUAGUGGCGCAUUUGCAGGUUGAUCACGAGGUGGACAUUCACGAUGCCUCUACUUUUAACCACAGAUAUGUCAAGUCCAGACCAGAGAACGUCGAGAAUGCCACGUGGAUGCUGACUAUCUUCAACUGCUUUGGCUACCAAUUCUGCUUGCACUUUGAAGCUUUCAACCUCGGAAUGGCCCCGGUUUACAUGGCGUUCGUUCGUUUCAUGGGGCACGAUGAUGACGCGCGAAAGUUUCGUUACAGCGUGGAAGUUGGCUCAAACGGCCGGAAGCUGACAUGGCAAGGAAUCCCCAGGAGCAUUCGUGAUAGCCAUACAGAAGUUCGGGACAACAUGGAUGGCCUCAUAAUUCACAGAAACAUGGCCCUCUUUUUCUCUGGAGGUAACGGGAGAGAACUCAGGCUGAAAGUGGCGGGACGCAUAUGGAAAGAACAAGCAUGA